AUGCAAGAUCUCCUUCUGCGUGGUGCCCUUGUCACCCUUUGCAUGCUGCUAUGGUUCAGAUUAGCAAACUCGCAGUGCAUCCUUCCUGAUGAUCAAGGUGUUAUCAAGCAGUAUGUAUUGGUGGUCGACCAGACUCCUGUGCGUCUGAGCGCCGCCAUCUGCUCAAAUACCACGAUUACCGUUGCUGGCACCACCGUGCCAGUGACAAAUGCUCCCACAGUUUUGCUCUCCGACUUUAUUGUCGAGAACACCAUCACAUAUACCUCAACUCUAAGCCCAAGCGCCACUUUCAAUGGCCCGGUCUCAACAAUCACGAGGGGAGUGCCUCAAGGCACUGCUCUCUCAACUAUUGUUUUGGGACCACAAGCAAGUUCUGAAGUUGGCACGGAGAUUAUUUUGGAGCCGUUUCCCGCAGGCCAGCAAGGCCCAUUUGAUCCUCAGAACGCCAUUUCGUCAUCCUUCAAUCCAGCCCAGUCAGCGCCUGGAUUCAUUCCUGAGAACGCAUUUCCCGAACGGGUCGAGACCAUGACUGCACCUUGGACCGGCACAGUCACGUCGACUUUAGCGCUUCCUGCUCAAGGCACAGACGACAUCGAAAGGCAGAUCAUCUUGACACCGGCCUCAGCGCCGUUCCCAGGUCCAAUAACAGCUGCUACAAGCCCAUGGACCGGCACAAUGACCACGACAUUGACGAUACCACCUGUUGGUACAGACUCCAUCGCCUUGCAGCUCGUCUUGACACCCGCCGAUGGGGCUGCACCUACGGGAGCGGCCCCGGCUGGGUUGUUCACUACUUUGACAGCCAUCGGUACUGCACCAAUCACAUCAACCGUCCUUUUGCCCCCAGCGGGUAGCGAUACUGUCGGAACGGAAAUCAUUGUGGUGCCAACUACUGUUGGGGACGAUGAUCCGGACAUUUUCCCCGCGGUAUAUGUUCCAACAACCGCAACCGGGCCUGGGACACUAACAACCACCUUCACAAUCCCACCUGCUGGAACAGAUACGACUGGAACUCUGUUAAUUCUCGAUCCGGCCUUAACUCCAUCACCUUCCAGCGAUGGAAGCGAUGGUGGCAGCGACGACGGGAACGACGAUGGUCCUCUCGAUGCCUUUUUUGGCCCGUUCACAACUGUUACUGCCCCCUUCACAGGCCUUGCGCCAACAACUAUUGAUCUUCCACCAAGUGGAGGUGAUGGCACUGGAACUAGAGUCGUUCUGACUCCAACUCCGCAGCUCAGGCCGUUCAACGGACCUGUUGUCAGAGUUGCGGCAACCGUUACUGGUACAAUCUUCACCACCGUAACCAUCCUUCCAGCACUGGCGGAUGGCACAGCUACUGCGAUUGUUAUCAAUCCAGCAAACACAGAUCCUGGCGUAGCUCCCGCCGGAAACUUGCCGGCUACCCCAGCCGUGAUUCCAGCAGGACCUACGGGACCACCAGACUUUGGCGUCCUAGAUCCAAGCUCGGCACCAGCUGACCCAGUGUUGCCUGCGAUAGUCUCACCUGUAGUUCCGGGAGGAAACAACAUCUUUACAAGCACGUUCGACGGUUCCGUCACCUCUACGAUCACAUUCCCUCCUGGACCCUCAGGCCAACCAGGUUCGACGGUGAUACUUGUUCCAAGUAGCGUUCAAGUGCCCACCACCGCAGCUUCAAUCCCGGUAGACCCGGCUCUUUUCUCCAGCAACAACGGCGGGCAAGCAUUAUCAGCCACAACUGGUUCCGUGGUUCCGUCUAAUGGCCCCGGAAACACUGUUUCCCCUGCUCCUGGGCCCGUCACUUCGACAGGGCAGCCACUGCCUAGCAGCUUGGUACCCUCCCAAAGCGCUCCUCCAGCUGGCGGGUCUUCCGAAGUUCCACAAGACGCCAGCGUGUUGUCGCCCACGUCUCCUAUAACCCCGGCUACAUCCUCUUCAGCUGGACCCUCGCAGGGAACCAAUACUGCCGCUACUGCCGUCUCAAGUCCUAGAGUUGCAACUUCCUCGCAAGGGGGGCCAUCCAGUCAGCCUGUUGCUCCUACUUCAGUGGAUCCGAACUCUCGUACUACUUCAACAACUUCGGACGUAGUUCUUCCCGACUCACUUACUUCCGCCAGCAGCAACUCGGGUACCUCUCCAUCCACGACAAUCAUUAGAUACGAACAUCUCGAACACCCUUGCAACGCCGUCUACAUCUUCACCUUCGACGUCCCCCACUGGGAGUAUAGUUCCAGACGUUUUGCAAUCCACAUCAAGUACCCAGUCAACUACUGCAACCUCGAGUACUACCGGACUUCAGACUUCGUCCACAUCUAG